AUGUCGACUCGCGGAUCCGAACGAGGUAACUGGAGGGAAAAUCCUAGGAUUGAACCGAUGCAAGGAUCCCGAGAUGGAAGCUCGGGUGCUGGUACGUGCAAUAUAGGUCAAUACUAUAGGUCCAUGACCCUUAUUGAUUUCCUCAAGAGUGGUCCAUCCCAGUUUAAUGGAAAUGCCAAUGCGUUGGAGGAUGAUCGGUGGUUUCGAGAUGUGGAGAGAUUCUUAUACACUCAGUAUGUACCGAAAGUACAGUCGGUGGAAAUAGUGACUUACAUGUUGGAGGGAGAUGCUCAAGAAUGGUGGCAGGAGUUAUAUCACACCUUGAAGAUGGAGUUAACAAGUAUCCCUUGGAGUAAAUUCAAGACGGAAUUUUACGGAAAAUAUUCCUUACAUGCGAUUCGCAUUGCAAAAGAAUUGGAGUUAAUGCAACUUAAGCAAGAAAAUAUGUCUGUUGCUGACUAUACCCGUGAAUUUGACAACUUGUGUCAUCUCUCAAGAGUUUGUCAAGGAAACCCAGCCGACUAUGAGGCGUGGAAGUGUGUUCAGUAUGAGAAAGGGCUUAGAAGAGACAUCUUCAACUGCGUGGAACGUUACUCCAUGAAGUCAGCAAUAUUACAGUAUGGAGAGACUACUCCAGAUGAGCUGCAUAGAGCCAGACUAGGCGUAUGUUGCAAGUGCGGGAAGCCAGGGCAUAUAGCUCGAGACUGUCCACACAAGAAAAACCGGGAUGCAGUCGAAUCCGAUCUUCAGACCCGAGCACGACAAGUUUUGAUGAUCGUGGAGUCCGAGCCGAUGGUUAGUCAAAGAUUACUAGAUGUUGAGAUGGUAUCAGAGUCAGAACCCGGAUCGAUGUGCCAGUGA